UUUGCUUACUGAUUUAGAAAUAGUUUUUAGAAGUGUGCUGUUUAUGAUUACAAUAAUUAAUAACUAUUUUUAUUUAUUUAUUUUUUUCCUAAUUUUAGUGGGAAUGAGUGUGUGAGAGUGUCGAAGCAGCAGUAAUGGCAUCAGGGGGAGAAAGCAGCGCUCCUGCAGAGGACGAGGGGGGUGUCCCACUGGACAUUGAUGAUGUACACUUACUCUUACAAGUGGAACAGGAACAGAUUCAGAAGAGGACAUUCACAAACUGGAUCAAUGCACAGCUCUCCAAGAGGAGCCAUCCAGCUGUUGUCCAGGAUCUGUUCUCCGAUCUCGGAGAUGGGACUCGACUGCUUGACCUACUGGAGGUGAUGAGUGGCCAGCGCAUGAAGCGCGAGCGGGGUCGUGGUGUGUUUCAGCACAGAGGCAACAUCGAGACCGCUUUGAACUUCUUGAAGAAUAAAUCCAUCAAGCUGGUGAACAUAAACAUCCCAGACAUCAUAGAGGGGAAACCUUCCAUCAUUCUGGGCUUGAUAUGGACCAUCAUUCUGCACUGUCAUAUAGAGGAGCUGGCCAGCACUCUCUCUUAUGGAUCCCGUUCAUCCUCCCUGGACUCUCUGUCCAGUCUGGACUCUGUUCCUGGAUCUCCAAGCAGUAGUCCUGUUCCUCGAGGAACAUCACCGCUCCACAAUCGCUUCCGUCUGUCUGCUAAGAAGACUUUGCUGCUGUGGGUUCGGGAACAGUGCCAGAAAGCUGGUUGCUCAGCCAGUGUGAGGGACUUUAAGUCCAGCUGGAGGACUGGUGAGGUGUUUCUGGCCAUCCUCUGCUCCCUUAGACCUGAUCUGGUGGACCUCUCUCAAGUCCAGACCAGCAGCCACCGGGAAAACCUGGAGAGGGCAUUUCACCUCGCUGAGAAGGAGCUCGGAAUUCCCAGACUGCUCGAGCCAGAAGACAUUGAUGUCAGUAACCCUGAUGAGAAGUCUAUCAUGACAUACAUUGCUCAGUUCCUGCAGUACUCCAAUGAUCUGCCCGUAGCUGAUGAUGAUUUUGAGCUUCAAACUCCGCUCUUUCCCACAAGCCUUUCUCCUGUCAACCUCCCUACAUACUUCACUCCUGCUGUGCUGACCUCACCAAUCCACAAGGUACAGACGUCACAGAGCGCUUGUGAAUUCCUCCACAGUUUUCCUCUGGCAAAAUAUCAUUCCUCUCCUCUACAUCAGCCUCUACAUGUUUCAACAUUUUUUCUGAUUUAA